AUUCUCAAUAUUGUGUACGAUUAAAGUUUGCCUUUAGGUCGUUUGCCUAAAUAUUAUUAUAUUAAUCAUUUCCUGAAAAUGGAAUCAAAUGUGGCAGGAGCUACAACAUCGUCAAGAGCGACUAGAUUUAUGAUGGAAGGGGUAGGAGCUCGUGUAAUACGAGGACCUGAUUGGAAAUGGGGCAAACAGGAUGGAGGUGAAGGACACGUAGGCACGGUACGCAAUUUUGAAUCUCCGGAAGAAGUGGUAGUAGUGUGGGACAAUGGAACAGCUGCAAACUAUCGAUGUUCAGGAGCUUACGACCUGCGUAUUCUGGACAGUGCACCCACAGGGGUAAAACACGACGGUACCAUGUGUGAUACAUGCCGCCAACAACCUAUAUUUGGUAUUCGUUGGAAAUGUGCAGAGUGUAGUAAUUAUGAUCUAUGCUCAGUCUGUUACCAUGGAGAUAAGCACAAUUUGAGGCAUAGAUUCUAUAGAAUAAGCGCACCAGGAACAGAGAGAUGUCUUGUUGAACCAAGGAGAAAAAGUAAAAAGCAAGCUGUUAGAGGUAUAUUUCCUGGAGCUAGAGUUGUUAGAGGGGUUGAUUGGCAAUGGGAAGACCAGGAUGGUGGAAAUGGCAGGCGUGGAAAAGUGAAUGAAGUACAGGACUGGUCUGCAGCCAGCCCUCGCUCAGCUGCUUAUGUAAUAUGGGAUAAUGGAGCUAAGAAUCUUUAUAGAGUUGGAUUUGAGGGGAUGGCAGAUUUAAAAGUAGUAAAUGAUGUCAAAGGUCAAAAUGUUUACAAAGAGCAUCUGCCUCUAUUGGGGGAGCUUGGACCUGGUAGCACAGGGCCGCAUGGCUUGCAAAUAGGGGAUCAGGUCAACAUAAAUCUCGACUUAGAGAUAGUACAGUCGCUACAGCUUGGCCAUGGAGGGUGGAUAGAUGCAAUGUUCGAAUGUCUGAGCACAACUGGCACUGUUGUGGGUAUUGAUGAGGAUCAUGAUAUUGUUGUUACUUAUCCUAGUGGCCAUCGGUGGACGUUCAAUCCUGCUGUUUUGACAAAGGUGUGCAGUGCAAAUAUGAGCGCUUCGACAUCCGGCGGCGCUACUUCUGGCAGUAGUGUGUUUGCAGUCGGCGAUAUUGUUCAAGUCUGUUCUGACAAGGAACGUGUGAAAGCAUUGCAGCGCGGACAUGGGGAAUGGGCGGAGACUAUGGCGCCUACCCUUGGUAAAAUAGGUCGCGUGCAACAGAUAUAUCACGACAAUGACCUUAAAGUGGAAGUCUGUAAUAUGACCUGGACAUACAAUCCAAAUGCAGUUACUAAGCUUGUUUCAUCUGAUGGCAGCCUUCCGUAUUACUCCCCUGGUGAGCGUCUAUCCGUGUUAUUGAAGCGGUUGUUCGAGUCGCACGGCAGCGCGAACGAGGAGCUGGUGAAGGCGGCGGCCAACGGGGACGCGGCGCGGUGCGCGGACAUACUGGCGCGGGCCGACGCGCAGGCGGACGUCAACGGCGUGUACGCGGGGCACACCGCGCUGCAGGCGGCCGCGCAGAACGGGCACGUGGACGUGAUCCAGCGGCUGGUGGAGGCGGGCGCGGAGGCGGACGCGGAGGACCGCGACGGGGACCGCGCCGUGCACCACGCGGCGUUCGGCGACGAGCCCGCCGCCCUGCGCGCGCUGGCCGCCGCCGGCGCCGACCUCAACGCGCGCAACCGCCGCCGCCAGACGCCGCUGCACAUCGCCGUCAACAAGGGCCACCUGGGCGUCGUGCGCACGCUGCUGCAGCUGGCCGUGCAUCCCAGCCUGCAGGAUUCCGACGGCGAUACACCAUUGCACGAUGCAAUUUCAAAGAAACGGGACGACAUAUUGACUUUGCUGUUGGACCACGGAGCGGACAUGACACUCACUAACAGUAACGGCUUCAACGCUCUGCAUCAUGCCGCACUUCGGGGAAAUCCAAGUGCCAUGAAGAUAAUGCUGGCCAAACUACCUCGUCCAUGGAUAGUGGACGACGCGAAGGACGACGGCUACACGGCCCUCCACCUGGCGGCGCUAAACAACCACGCGGAAAUAGCUGAAUUGCUGGUCCGGGGGGGCGCAAGGCCAGACCUGCAGAACGCGAACCUGCAAACAGCCCUCCAUCUCGCAGUGGAGAGACAGCAUACGCAAAUCGUCCGCCUGCUCAUUGCGAACGGAGCUAACCUCAACAUUUGUGACAAGGACGGUGAUACGCCUCUUCACGAGGCCCUAAGACAUCACACGUUGCAGCAGUUGAGGCGAUUGCAGGACGUCACCGAUUUCCCCACACUCGGCGGGAUUGCGAACGCACACGACAAAAAGUCAUCCGCCUCCAUCGCAUGCUUCCUUGCUGCUCAUGGCGCUGAUUUAACCAUCAAAAAUAAAAAAGGUCAGACACCAUUGGACCUGUGCCCCGAUCCGAAUCUAUGUAAGACGCUGACGUCAUACCGCAAGGAAGCCGGCACCACCAGCGAUGGUACCCCCGAGAGCGAGAGUUCUUUGAGUGCUCCCGUCGCAAGCACAUCUAUAGCAUCUCACACGCCGCAAACACCCCAAACGCCACAAACGCCGCAAGUGCCGUACACGCCGCAAGUGCCGCACGCGCCGCAAGUGCCGCACGCGCCGCAAGUGCCGCACACGCCGCAAGUGCCACCAGCCACUGACGCGCCCAAACAAGACGCAGCCAGCGACGAGUGCCUCGUAUGCUCGGACGCCAAACGGGACACACUGUUCAGACCCUGCGGACACAUUUGCUGCUGUAACGUCUGCGCCGCAAGGGUGAAGAAAUGCCUCGAGUGCCGCGCGAGCGUGUCGUCCCGUUCGCGCGUGGGCGAGUGCGUGGUGUGCUCGGAGGCGCCCGCCACGGUCGUGUUCCAGCCGUGCGGCGACGUGUGCGCGUGCCGCAGCUGCGCGCCGCUCAUGCGCAAGUGCGUCAAGUGCAGGACGCCGCUGCACCACAGCGGGCUCAACAUUGAUUUGGAGAAAGAGAGCACGAGCAACCUAGCAUCAGUUCAAGUGAACAAAGGGCAACCGGCACCCGCACAAGCGGCGCCUCACCACAUGAACAACGGCAGCCGAACCGCAGCACCAAAUAGCAACAACAAUUCCCAAGCCACCGGUCACACAGCUCAGCCACCCGCAGCUGUGCCGCAAGCUAACCAUGCUGUGCCGCAAGCGAGCCAUGCUGUGUCUCCAGCUGGCCAUGCUGCGUCCUCAACUUCGCCCGCUGCGCCCUCUACGGCCGAGGUACAGAAACUACAACAGCAGUUGCAGGACAUUAAGGAACAGACAAUGUGUCCCAUAUGCCUCGACCGUCUCAAGAACAUGAUAUUCCUGUGCGGGCACGGCAUGUGCCAGAUGUGCGGGGACUGCAUCACCGUGUGUCCGAUUUGCCGAAAAUUGGUCGAAAAACGCAUACUACUGUAUUAGUACCAGAUUAGUACAAUAAAAUAGUGCAUGAAAAUUUGUUUGAUCUGUGUAACUCGCAUAAAUUAUUAUAGGCUGCAUGUUAAACUAUUGUAAACGUGAUGAUGUUAAAACAUUGGUAGGGCUUUUAAGUUUUAAUGCCUUCGAUUAGAUUUAAAAAGUAUCCAAAUAUACCAUGGAAUGUAUGUUAUUAAAAAUAAUUUUCAAGGUUAUCCAAAAAUGCAUAAUUUAGAGAAACUUUAUACUUUAUAUUUGGCAAUUCAGGAAACAUUUCUCUUAUUAAUUUUUUUUAUUGUGUUUCCAAUUUAUAUUAAAACAAAGAUCUAUAAUUUAAAAAAGUAAUACGUUGGAAAGAUUUAAAACCCGCAAGGAACAAAUUGCAAAAAUAAUUGCAAUUUGUUAUGAAUCAGUGUAUGGUAAUUAUUGAACUCUUAUACAAGUUAUAUCUACUCAAAUAUAUUUAAUUAUUAUUUAUUGAUACAACUAUUAUGUGAAUCAGUUUUUGUCGUACUGCUUACAUUCGCUUUUUAAUUUCGUUUUUGUCGUUUUGAUUACAGUCGCUUUUUAAUUUCGUUAUUUUCAAAUGAAGGUAAUUUAUUAAAGUUAAGAAUUGUCGAUAUGGACUAAAAUGAAUUAAAUGUUAGCAACAAUAUUUGUUUACAUACGGAAAUAUUUAAAUGCAUUAACUUUAAUUAUAUAGUUUUCAAAAUAUUAACUGUUAAGUACUAUUCUGUUGAUUUCUGAAUUAAAUCUUAAUAUGUUAUUUAAGUCUUUCGUCAUAUAUGAAUAUUUACACUGCUUUAAUUUAGAAUAAUUAAUUUUUAAUUUGAAUGAAAUAAAUGUUAUGGUUGAUAAUUAUUAUUGUUACAAGUAUGUUUAUUAGAUGUUACUGCGAACUUAUUUUAGAUAGUAAAUGGGCUUACAAUGUAGGGAACAAUAUUGAGUAAAGAAUUCUAUACAAGUUUUUAAAAUAAUUAAUAAUAAUAUUGUAAUGCUGGUUGCCUUAAACAGAGAUGUAAUAAGUACUAAUGUAUUCAUAUGGAGAUUGUAUAUUCUGCCACGACUAAAAAAUGUAACUUUAGGUAUAGGUACCAAUGAAUGUAAUUAUUUAUUUUCAUAAUUUAUAAACAGCCAGAAAGGCAUAGCUCAUUUAUACUUUCAUUAAAUUUUAGUAAAUAUUACAUCUAUGAAUAUAUAAAUUAAACUCAUGUGAGUGAUAACAAUGUUAAAGUUGAAUAUUUAGCUUUUGUUAUAUAAUCUUUAUAGCACUGUAAUUUAGGUUAAUUAGUGAAUUGUUUCCAUUUUCAUUAAUUAAUCAAUAUUUAACGUAAUUUUAUUUAAGGCACAAAUGUUAAAUGUUAUUUAUCAAAGCAAAUUUUAUACGCUCGCAUUCGUAUUGAAUUGCUUCAGAGUUCAGACUUAGAUAACUCAGUUUAGCUUGUCUAUGCCUUGUUCAGAUAUUUUUUAAUAUUUUCAUUUAAUUAUUUUAAUAAACGAAAUUUCUGCCCGUGUCU